AUGGCUUCUUCUACUUUUAAGUCAAUUGCUGUGUUUGGUGGUAAUGGAUUUUUAGGUCAUAAAAUAUGUGAAAUAGGUAUAAGGAAUAAUUAUAAUGUUACUUCAUUUUCAAGAAAAGGUGAACCUCCACAAUCUGUAAUUCAUCAACCUUGGGUAUCAAAAGUAAAUUGGGAAAAAGCAGACAUUUUCAAUCCAAAAACUUAUGGUCAUAAAUUAAAGGAUUUCAAUUCAGUUGUUCAUUCAAUUGGGUUAUUAUUUGAGAAUUUAAAUUAUAAAUCUUCAAUAAAUACAAAUUUUAAUAUCUUGAAUGAUUUACAAAAUUUAACAAAUUCAUUUUCGGGUUCUAAUCCAAUGGAAAAAGCUGGAUAUAAAUUGACUUAUGAAAGUUUACAAAAAGAUUCUGCAGUAAUACUUGCAAAUGCAUUUAUAGAAAAUCAAAAAGAGUCACCAAGGAAUUAUGUUUAUAUAUCAGCAGAUAAAAAUCCGCCAAUAAUUCCUAAAAAUUAUAUUGUAACUAAAAGAGAAGCUGAAUUUGAAUUAAGUUGUAAACGAGAGUUAAAUACUAUUAUAAUGAGACCUGGUGCAAUGUAUGAUGAAACACAUGAAGGAAAUUUAACAAAACGAGAUAUUUUAAUGAGAGGAUUAAGAUUUGGAGUUGGCUUGAAAAAUUGUACAAUUGGUAAUUCAAUUGGAUUUGUAAAUGAUUUGGUGAGACCUGUUGUGUCUACUGAACAAGUUGCCAAUACAAUUUUUAAAAAAUUACAAGAAGAGGAUUCAAAAGGUGUUGUUAAAUUAGAAGAAAUUGUUAAAAAUUAA